AUGCCUAAGUCAUCAGCACCGAGGCUGUAUUUGGACUUCUCCAAUAGCACCACUGAUCUUCCUGCCAACUGGACCAAUGAGACAUUCUGUGCAAGUGACCAGCAAGUGGUAAUCCCUAGUGAACUCUUCUUGACUCUGGGGGUGAUGAGUUUUGUGGAGAACUUGCUGGUGGUGGCUGCCAUUGUCAAAAACCGGAACCUCCAUUCACCCAUGUAUUACUUCAUCUGCUGCCUGGCUGUUUCAGACAUGCUGGUGAGCGUCAGCAACCUGGUGGAGACCCUCUUCAUGCUUCUCAUAGAACACGGGGUGCUGAUCAUAGAGCCCACGAUAGUCAGACAGGUAGACAACGUCAUGGACAUGUUGAUCUGCAGCUCCUUGAUGUCUUCGCUCUCUUUCCUGGGUGUCAUCGCCAUGGACCGCUACAUCACCAUCUUCUAUGCCUUGCGGUAUCACAGCAUCAUGACCAUCCAACGGGCCGUGAUCCUCAUCGUGGCUGUCUGGCUGAUCAGCAGCAUCUCCAGCGUCCUCUUCAUUGUCUACGACAGCACUGCCGUCAUCAUGUGUCUGGUGGUUUUCUUCCUCUCCGUGCUGACCCUGAUUGCAGGGCUCUACAUCCACAUGUUCACCCUGGCACACCAGCACGCCAGGCAGAUCUCUACCAUGUAUAGCAAACAGCAGGCUCCCCAGUCUACCAGCAUGAAAGGGGCCGUUACCCUCACCAUCUUGCUGGGAGUCUUCUUGAUCUGUUGGGGACCCUUCUUUCUCCACCUCCUCCUUAUCCUCAUCUGCCCCAACUGCCCUGCCUGCAAGUGCUACUUCCGUUACUUCAGCCUCUACCUCAUCCUCAUCAUCUGCAAUUCAGUGGUGGAUCCCAUAAUUUACGCUUUCCGAAGCCAAGAGCUCAGGAGGACGCUGAAGGAGGUGGUCCUGUGUUUCUGGUGA